CUCAGGAGAGUUGGAACGAUGUGCUUCAACACACAGGCAUGCAGAUCACCCUCUGAAUUUUUUUGGCGAGAAUUUACUUCUGGACUGCGUAACUGGAAACUUCUGUACCAACCUUUUAAAAGUGGUUCAUUUUACAAAGUUUGGCAACUUUUUAUUUCUGUUCGCAUAGAGAUGAAGUUGAAUGGUUGAUUGUGUAUCCCUGCUGCUCUCAAAGAUACUGUACACAUAUGAUUUUUCAAAAUGUAAAAGAUCUAAACAAAGUUUGAGAAUGUUUGUUUUGCUUGCUGUCCUUGUCAGCCUCCAUGCUUUUCUGCAAAUUAAGCCAGCUAAAUCCAAGCAGUCCUGUACAAUAUCAGCUGAUGGGUGUGCAGCAGACUGUAAAGGCCUGUGGCUAGGCCAUGUGCCUGUAACAGAACUUCCUGCCACUCUGGAAGAGCUUGACCUCUCUUUCAAUAUCAUACAGGUCAUCCACCGACACGAUUUCUUCAAUCUUAGUCACCUGCGAAUCCUCAAGCUUAAUUUCAACAACAUCUCACUGAUAGUGGAUGUGGCCUUUCAGAGAAAUCUUCUGCUAGAGGAACUACAUUUAUUUAAUAACUCUCUGACAGAAAUUCCUUUCAAAGCACUUGAGCCACUCACAAAGCUGCAGGUUUUAGAAUUGUCCAAUAAUUUGUACACACAGGCAACUCUUUGUGCUAUUUUUUUAAAUUUAACUCAGUUGAAAGUGUUGUCCUUUGGUGGAUCCCUGGUCAGUGAUUUGGGAAGUAGUGACCUAUUUGUUUUGAAAAACCUCUCAUUGGACAAGUUUGCCAUUAAAGCUGGCACUAGCCUGAAAAGGUAUGAACCUGGGUAUUUUAAUACCCUCACAACAAAAAACUUGUGGCUGGAUAUAGCUGUAGACAAAACACCUGAUGUGCUUCCUAUGAUACUAAAAGACCUAGCAAACAAAACAUUUGAUGUUCUACGUUUCCGAAACCUUUUUGAAUUUCAGUACUAUACUGGUAAACAGGAUAUAUUUUAUGGCCUGCAGUAUGUAAAGGCUCAACUGCUGACCUUCUAUCGAGGUAAAUUCAAUGAGGAGCUUCUGAGAAUGGCUCUGGUAAAUGUAGCAAUCAGUCCAAUAAAAGCUCUGGAACUCUUGUUUAUCGACUAUGCACGCUCACAGAAUAUAAUACAGGGACCAAGUGUGACAAACCUGACCUUGGAAAGGCUAGUUCUCUCGGACAUUAGUAAUCCAGAUAUAAUACGCUUUGACUGGCGCUUCACCUGGCUUAAUAACAUCCGCCAGUUCAUUAUAUGGAAUGUGAACUUCAACUCCGUACCAUGUGACUCAUGGCAAGAAAUGAAAAAUAUUGAGCUUCUGGACAUCUCUAACAACCAGCUGUGGGACAGUUAUAUUUAUAAUCCCCUAUGUGACAAGAGGAACACAAUGCUUUCACUUCAGACCUUUAACAUCAGCCAAAAUCGACUAACCAGUCUCAGUGACUUGGCAUCUCUGACUAAGUACUUUGUGAAGCUGAAAACAAUCGAUAUGAGCAACAACCAGCUGCGAUAUGUAGGGAGUCAUGUCUGUCACUGGAGACAAACCAUUACCAAAGUAAUUGCUCAUCACAAUAGCCUGAUGAGUGACAGUUUUAAGUGUCUUCCAACUUCUGUAACCUUCCUCGAUCUAUCAUACUGCAACCUUGACCAACUUGACAUGGACUAUUUUAAUAAGGCUACCAACCUAACAGAGCUCCUACUCAGUGGCAACAAGAUCAAGUUCAUCCCGUCUGGCUGGAGGAAUCUGUACCUGAAAGCGCUCACUUUGGAUGGAAACUCCUUUGGUCUCAUUAGCAUGACAUCUUUUAAGGACAUGCCUAGCCUACGUGUACUGACUGCAGGCAACAACCCUUACCACUGUACCUGUGAGCUACACAAAUUCAUUCAGGAAACCAAGGGCAAGGUGAACAUCUCUGACUGGCCAUACAACUACAAGUGUUACCACCCAGAGAGCCUUCUAAACACAAUGGUGUCACAAUACUUCCCCGGCCAAUUAGCUUGUGAUAUUACACUUGUUAUUAUCAUCUCUGUGUCAACAACGAUGGUUAUUGUACUUGCUAUCACCCUUAUGUGCUACAUUUUCCAUGUGCCCUGGUACCUUAAAGCAACAUACCAGAUCAUCAGAGCUAAGUACAGGGCCCAUAAAGAAGGUUCAGAUCAAGAUAUGGACUACACCUUUCAUGCGUUCAUCUCUUACAGCCAUUCGGAUGCUGACUGGGUCAGAGACCAGUUGCUGCCUUGUCUAGAGAACAUUAAGCCUCCUUACCGGCUUUGCAUCCAUGAAAGAGACUUUAUUCCUGGGAGGUGGAUCAUUGACAACAUCAUUGAGAACAUUGAAAAUAGUCGCAAGGUCAUCUUUGUGUUGUCACGGAAUUUCGUGAAUAGCGACUGGUGCAACUAUGAGCUCUACUUCACCCAGCAACGAGCCAUUGGAAAGACAUUCAGUGAUGUUAUCUUGGUCGUGAAAGAACCCAUUGAUCCUACUUCUUUGCCCAAUAAGUUCUGCAAGCUCAAAAAAAUGCUCAGUAGAAAAACCUACCUGGAGUGGCCUCAGCAACCCACAGAACAGAGCUUCUUCUGGGUCCAGCUGAGGACUGUUCUGGGCAAACCAGAUGUAAUAAGAGAGCGCACUGCCAGUCGGCAUAGUCGUCUGUCUUCAGUGAAGUCAGUAUCCUUGAUUGAACUACCACUUGAGAACCAGAGGUCUACAGAUACUGAAGGAACAGAUGAAAAUGGCCACUACAUUUGCAAUCGGCCCUCCAAUAGGAGAAGUCCACAAUCUUUCAGAAAACAUGCGGAGGGACCAAUUUCACCAGUAGCAGAGAUGGCCCGCAACAUGGUUUCACAGCUUGAAAAUGCAAUGGAAGGCCUCAUUAAAGUCUUCCAUACAUACUCUUCCAAAGAAGGAGACAAGUACAAACUAAGCAAAGCUGAGCUUAAGAGCUUACUUCAGGGAGAACUUGGUGACUUUUUAGCAGGGAGUAAAGACCCCAUGGUUGUGGAGAAGAUCAUGUCUGAUCUGGAUGAGAACCGGGAUGGAGAAGUGGACUUUCAGGAGUUUGUUGUGCUGGUGGCUGCUCUCACAGUGGCAUGUAAUGAGUUCUUUGUGGAGAGCAUGAAGAAUUAAAAGUCUCUCAGUAGCACCAUCAUUUGAAAGGAGACUAUUUUGUAAGCUAUAUUUAUCUGAAAUAAAGUUUCUGGAUGUGACAUGGAUAUAUUGUGUAUGGAAUCAAUGUACAGAAAUGCCAACUUGCAUGCAUGCACACGAUUCUACGUGAUUUCCAUUCGAUGUCUGUCUUGAAAAGGUAGACCUAAUAUUGUCU